CUCUGAGGCGCUUCCCCGGCCGUUUGUCUCUCAGAUCUUAAGAAGAUUAAACUCUAAUCUCCUUGCUUGUCGAAGAGACCAUAUCCGACAACCCAGCGCUCGUCCCGGCAGCGAAAAAGCGAAAUAACCCACUUUAGUUCGCCUGUAGAGUAGCGGAAUUAGCUCGAGCUUUGCGGGCUGCACAAGGAGGGGCGUGGCCUAGAGCGCUCGAGCGCCACUCACAGCCGCUCGGAGCUAAAGGCGUGUUUUCUCUUUACUGACAACUGGCCAUAUAAUGGUACCGCUCGGAGUCGGGCUGAACUUUGUGACUUGGUUGCUGCUGGUAAGUUGGGAAAUUUCUUCCUUUCGAGGGCUCUGCUGAGGACGUUCGCUGGUGGACUUGAAGGACGAUGGCUGCACACCCCGUGGACGACGAGCCUGCAUUUGGAAAGCCAAAGGUCGAGCUACAUGUGCAUCUUGAUGGCGCCAUCCGGAUAGAAACCAUCAUGGAUGUAGCCAAGAGGCGAGGUAUACCCCUUCCCGCCGCCACGGUGUCCGAGAUGACCCAGCUGUGCACGUUAUGUGAACCGUCAACACUCACCAAUUUCCUGGACAAGUUCAAUGAAUUCAUGCAUGUCAUUGCAGGGGACAGGGAGGCCAUUAAGAGAAUAGCCUAUGAGUUUGUGGAGACCAAAGCCAAAGAAGGAGUGGUGUACGUGGAGGUGAGGUACAGCCCCCACUUUCUGGCCAACAGCAACGUGGAGCCGAUACCAUGGAACCAUAAAGAAGGUGACGUGACACCAGAUGACGUGGUGAAUCUUGUGAACCAGGGGCUAAAGGAGGGUGAGAAGGACUUCAAGACCAAAGCCAGGUCCAUUCUCUGCUGCAUACGCCACAUGCCAAACUGGUCCAUGGAUGUGGUGGAGCUAUGCAAAAAGUAUCGGAAUGAUGGUGUGGUGGCCAUAGACUUAGCAGGAGAUGAGUCUCUAAACUGCAAGGCAUGUGAAGGACACUUGAAGGCAUAUGAGGAAGCAUUGCGAAGCGGGAUCCACAGAACUGUUCACGCAGGAGAGGUGGGCCCUGCUCCCGUGGUGAGAGAGGCUGUGGAGGUCCUGAAAGCUGAGCGCAUUGGACAUGGCUACCACACAAUCGAAGACCCAGCACUGUACAAACAGCUGCUCGAACAGAACAUGCAUUUUGAGAUUUGUCCAAUCUCCAGUAGACUGACAGGAGCUUGUGACCCAGACUUUACUAAGCACCCACUCAUCAGGUUCAAGGAGGACAAGGCAAAUUUCUCUCUGAACACAGAUGACCCAAUGAUCUUCAACUCCACCUUGAAUCGUGAUUACCAGAUUGUGAAGAAAUACAUGGGCUUUACAGAGGAGGAGUUUAUUCAGCUGAACCUGAAUGCAGCAAAGUCCUGCUUCCUGCCCGAGAAAGAGAAAAAGGAUCUCCUGAACCAGCUCUAUGAAGCUUACGGCAUGGUGAACAACACCAGCUUCUAGAUGGAACUCAAAUACAUACACAGCAGAAACUUCCAGUAGCUCAGACAGAGCUAAGAUAAUGGGAAAGGCCCCAUCUUUCAAAGUUUACCCUACUUGAAUACUACUUUUCAUUUCCUUAACAAUUUGUGAAUCACAGACUGCAACGUCUAAGGGAAUGAAUUCCAAAUAAUGGGUCGAUUUUGAUGAGCCAGCCCUUAAUAGGCAUAACACAGGUAUACAUAUGAACGCCUUACUGAGGCAUCUUCAGCAUCUUGGCCUAGAAGUAAGCAACAUGGUUCCCAUUGAAUUAACCAUUAUCCUCCUGCCUUGUGACUGCAGUGCAGACGCAAGUGCAGUUCCAGGGAAUACAGUAUUGAAGAAAUGAAUUGUAUUAGAGUAAAUCCAGUUAUCACCAAUUAGUAAUGUGCACAUUAAGUAAUGAUAAUUGGUGGGUACUGGUUUUUAACUCAGAUUAUCCAUAACAGUCCUUGGUUGAAAUAUUUCUUUCAGCAUAACAUGCUGGGUAUGUUUUCCAUAUUGGUACAAUACUGGGGUAGUUCACAUUAGUUUACCAUAAAAGAGGCUGGAGAUAAAUGGUAUUACAUUUACACUAACUUACUGUGAAUACCCUGGUUUAGAGCUCAGGCAUUGUGACUGAGAAUUGUACUAGCAUUUAUAGACACAAUGUAUUGUAUGUCUUUCUUAAUUCAUUCAUGUAUGUAAAGCAUUAUAUUAUUGAUCUUAAAACAGCAUAUGCACACUGCAGCACCCUGACUCACAACAAGAACUAUAUAGGGAAAAUAUGGACUGCUGGAUUUAGCAUGAAUGCUUGUUUUCUGAAUUUGGAUUAAGGCUAGUCCACUGUCAGUGGAGAUCCUCUAUUGCUAGUGCUUUUUAGUGCAAGACAAGGCUUAAGCAGUGCCCAGAACACUGAUGAACUAACUGUGACAUAUACAGUGCCUAUAUCAGGGGUCACCAGUCUGAGCCACGAAGGCCUAGGACAUUCCAACCAAGAAGGAGCCCCCCUCAAAUAUAGUACUGUGCAAACAUCAGAGACUACCCUUUAUUUCAUUUCUAGUCAAAAAGAAAACAUAUUUCACUGCAAAUUACACAGAAGCCUUAACAGCUAAAUACUUUUAGUAUUACAGCUGCCAUUCUUUUCAGAAGAAGAAAUCUGCAGGGAUAUUUUUCACAACUCCAACAUUCGGUCUUAGAAGUUGUUUAUAUAAGUAAUCACAAACACAUUCAGUGAUGUUGAGGUCUGGGCACUAGAGUGGUCAGUCCAUUGUUCUGAGAAGCCCAGCAGCUUCCUUGUUUAUUCUUUAUUUCUUUUUCUCAGUGAGGGCUUCUUGACAACUACAUAUUUCAGAUCCACAGCGUUGAGUUGUCAUCUCACAGUGAAAGGAUGGAGAGAAACACCUGUGGAUUUUUCAGAUCAGAAGCAAGAGUGGAGCUUGAUUUUCUCUACCAGCUCUUGGACGGUAGUAUUGGUUUUUUUUUUAAACAUCCAUUUUUUCACUUUGACCAAGAUAAAUGGAUUAUAUCCAAUAUUCUCAGAAAUAUCUCCUAAAACAAAUAACAUGUACUGGCCAUUUUGGCUGGAAAUUAAAUAAAUGAGGGGUGGUCUUUGACUUUUGCCCAGUACUAGAACUAAUUAAAUGUAGGAAGACUUGAGAUCAACUGAUUAAACAAGUGGAAUGAGGUGCGCUUCUGCUUGAUUGAAAACCUGCAUCCACACCAGCCCUUUGCAAAUAACAAAUGGUGACCCCUGACCUAUAUAACCUAUGUAUCCUCCUGCUAGUAACCUUGUUUUGCAGUCAUAUAUAAAGACCUUUGCUGGGUAAUAACUUGGGGUCAUUGUCCCCAUAAUGUCAUCAUAAUUGUGUUGUACUUCCUUAUCUCAACAGCAGGUGGCAGACUGGACUUGAUGACAAAUUAAAGGACUGACACAUAUUA